AUGGUGUUAGAAACAGACGACGGCAACGAUUUAAUCAUCCUGAAUCCCUCCUGGGUCUUAACCGACGCUGUGGGAAAUCUCUUCUCCCAAGAUAGCAUUAGUCAUGCUCGGGUGACUGGAAGCUUCACUACCGAUGACCUUCACUUCCUCAUCUCAGAGAGUGAUGUCGGAAUGGUUCUUGAAGUUCUAAUCGCACUUGAAUGUUGCACUAUCGUCAAAGCGAAUGUUGGCCAAGAUCAGGAGCCGGAAAGUCCUGCACAGUCGGAAGCUCGAAAGCAAUCCAUUCACUCAUUUUUCGAAGAUGCCGCCGCUGGAACUAAUAACCUUCAGAACUCUACAAUGGUUGAAGAGGAACUGCAGAUGGAAAUUCCGAGAUUGAACCUCAUCCAACCCUCCGAUAUAACUGAAGUGUGGGGUUGUGGAGGCGAAGACAUGAUCAGAACUGGAAUUCAGUUCAAAGGAUCUGGGGCUCAAUUGAUUCACGUUUUUCCAAGAAUUCAGUGCAGGUUGAGAAGAGCCGCAUCCAGUUUAUUAAAACUGGAAGGAUUAGAAAGUCAAGAAUUGGUUCAAUGGUUGCUCGGAAGUCGACUUUCAUAUAAUAAAGGACUUAUCAACAUAUGUCUUAUUUGUGACGAAACAGAAGAGGCAAUUGAAGUCAAGCUCGAGACAAACAAAACCCUUAUACCACUAGCAUUUAAUUGUUUCCACGAUAUCCUAAUCCUCGUGCGAGGAGCUCUGGAUGAAAUAGUCUCUCAGUUAUCAAUCUCUAACUGCCUUCUAAUAUUCAAAACUUCAACCUUUCCAAGAGUAUGCAAGGAAGAAGUGUCACAACCAACUCUCUUCCAUCUCCUCACGGAUUCUGAUGGAGUUAAAUUUCUAGAAUUGACCAUCUUUAUGCAGAAUCCUCAGCUUCGAGCCUGCUGUUGGUUUGGUGGUGAUAUUCCAGCCUCUUGGAUUCGUUACGAAGUUCUCCUUGAAAUUUGUUCGGAGCUUGGAAAGAAUGACGAGUUUUCGACAGCUCAGCUGAAAGAUCUCACUCGGUUACUAGUAGGCGAGGAGAUCGGAAGGUGGGAUGAAAACGAAUCUUAUGAUUCCAGGCUGAAUCGAUUGCUUCAACUCAUUGUUAAUUGGAGGGAUUGUUCUGAGAAUCCUGUGGUCGGGAAACUAGUCAACGCGUUGCAAGCUGUUGGAUUAACUGCUAUUGUACCUACUUUGCAGGAAAAUCAUCCAAUUGCGGAAAUUCGGCAUCGAGCCUUUGAUAAUGUAAUAAAUAAAUUGAAACGUGGAUUUUUACCUCCGAAAUCUCUUUCGGACAUUAUUGAUAUUGUUAUUUCUAACUUGCAAACAGAAAGAUGCAACGAAAUUUUAGAAUUUCUCCACCGAUUAAGCAUGGAUGUCGCUGGUCGUGCACAGCUUCAACAAAAUAAUAUUAUUGGAAUUUUGUUAUCUCUUAUUUCCAAUCCCGAUUUAAAGGAAAGUCAUUCUCUUAUUCAAGAAAUUGUUUCGAAUAUCGUGUCGGAAUUGCAUGAAGAUGCAAACAAUGGUGGUUCUUCUAGAGGUGAAAUAAGUCCGAUGACUGAACCAUUCCAGCAUUCUACAAUUUUUUUCGCUAUGCCAAAUAGUCAUUACUCCAAUGGAAAUAUACUUAGCAAAUUUACUAAAAAUGGUUCUUUUUCUUUUCAUACAGCUGAUUUUGUUAUUGAAAAAUUACCCAGUUCUUCUAUAUCCCAACUUAAUGGACAAUACAUUUCUGAUUAUAUACAAUCACUUGCAAAUACGACAGAUUUAACGGUUCUUUCAAAACUGGGUUAUUUUGAUUCGGUAAUUCUGUCUGAUUAUCCAGCCGAAUUCUUCAUUCGGAAUCCGGUUUUUAUUCAGUUAUUAGCUACCUUCAUAGUUACAUCUUCAAGUAAUCGAGUUCAAAUUGCAUCAACAAAGAUACUGAUUAAUCUGUGUUGCAAGCUAAUUACACGGAUCUCCUAUUUUGAAAAUCUUAAUAACUAUUCGUCAACAAAUAGACAUGUCGAAUCUCUUGAGAAUAGUGAAAUCAAUCACUAUUUGAAGGAGUUUUUAACCUCGGCUAAAGUUUCGGAAUAUUUGACUGGGAGCCUUUUACCCCCGUGUGUUAUUAACUUACCAUCAAAUGGUGUAUCAAUUCCCGUGUUUGCAGUCGCUAUGGCCAACGCUGCACUUUCCGGCCUCGUUACUGUUCGUUCAAGUACGGCAUUUCGGAGUUCGCUUUUGCAUCUCCUUAAUAAAGCUGUGGACCUAUUCCUCCAUUGUACACAGGUGGAUUUGUCUUGGCGAACGUUUGGGUCUACGACUGUGGAGUCCUUUAAACCACUUGCAGAAAGUGUCCUUCCCUCUCAAAACGUGACUCCUGGGUUUGAUAAUAUGCUAGAACUUUGGGGAAUUCUACUUUCCACCUUCUCCAAAUCAUGGCGUAACGACCUGAGUGUUGAUCGUCAGAUUGACGAUUUUGAACAACCGCGACUUAUAUACAUUGGUUUACUCAAACCCCUAUUUCGUCUUCUUUUCUCCUUAUGGACGCCAGAAGCGUGUGCGUGUCUUCUUCCUUCGAUGACAUCUUUUGAAAUCGCUCUGGCCUCUUUGGAUUGCCAUUUUGUAUCAAAUUUUAAUGAGAACAAUUCGACUGAUCUCUUGGCCUAUGUUCGCUUUUUUGAUCCUGAAAUAUUUCUUCUCCACUCCAAAUUGAUGGAAAUAUCCCCGGCAAUAUUGGCCUCAGUAGAUUUCAUUCGAAGUCUGGAAAAUCACCAAAAUUUUGAUUUGCCAAACUUUGGUGGAAUGAUGACAAAGGCGAUUGAAGGACUAAGAGUUAUUGAAUUUAUUCCUAAUAGCUAUGCGCCGAAGUUCGUCUCAUUUUUGGCUGAAACGCUAUUGUACGCAGAUGAACCAACCUGUAUUUCUCUGCUCUCUCAAAGUCGUCCAUAUCUCCUUAUGCUUCUGUCACAUUCAAAUUCUAAGAUUCGGAAAAUUACUUACGAUCAAAUCCAUGAGAUUAUAUCAACUAGUGUGUCAGUUGAAAAUGCUGCAAAUCCAACAUCACAGGACUAUAAACGAAUAAAAUUUCUUCUUAAUCGUGAGGUUUUUGGGGAAAUCGUAGAGUUUGGCGCAAAUGAUACAGUUCCAGAAAUUGCAACUACAGCGAAAGCUUGUCUCCGCUUACUUCUCGACUCCCACCAUUUAAUACCAGAAUCAAUGUGGCUUAAUUUUGUCAAUCUGAUUUACGAACAACCGAAUGAUUUGAACUGUCUUCCCUAUUCCACUGAUUGGCGACCCAUUCAGCCUUUCAUUUCUCUACUUGCAGGUCUGUCGGCCGAAAUUAACCCUUCCCUUGAAGCUUUUCUGGGUCAUGGUGGCUUUAAAAAUGCUUUGACAAAUAGCUAUGCCAGCACAAUACCUCUUCUUUAUCAUCCACAGCCACAUACUCGCAGAAAAGCAGCUUCUUUGAUCGUCAAAACGAUGGAUUUCACAAUCAAAGAUUGUGCGCAAUUGUAUUCUUCCCUUGAUGAGACACUUAGCGACUUGCUAAUUAUUACUGAUCCUGCAAUGCCUAUUAGUCAAGCAAUAUUUGAAGAAUUGAGUUGCAAGAUUCUUGCUGAUGGAAUUUCUUCCAACCACAUUGAUCGUAAAAUUCUUAUUGAAGCGAUGGAACUAGUAGGAGAUGGAGUUGCUGAUCUGGGAGUGAGAUGUAAUGCCGCAGAACGAGUUUUCAGGAUUCUCACUUCUUCGGGCAAUUUUGAACUUUGGAAUGAAGCCAAUGGUCCCAGCAUUCUUCUGGACUGGGUUGCGUCUUUAUCAGCUCAAUUGGGUUUAAAUAUUGGUGAAAAUCUCCUAAUUGAACCACUUGUUAGAGUGCUUCUCGGGAUCGCCCACUACGUCAUUAUAAAUGAUCUCAAGUCUCGUCACCACUUCUACCUCACCCAAUCCCUAUUUUUUAAGCCAAUUUUACAAGUGGGACUUUGCUUUUGGCAGGAUUUAAGGAUUCGUCGAAGUGUUUCAAUUAUCAUAGCUCUGAUCAUUUUCACGCCAGCAAUUCGAAUUUCCGAUGAGUAA